CUAAAAGGUUCAAGAGCACCCUGUGAUGCAUCAUGGUUUCGGUGCAGAAAUGGACGAUGUGUGCCAUUAAUGUGGAAAUGUGAUGGUGAUGAUGACUGCACUGAUGGUAGUGACGAGAGUGAUUGUGGUAAAAUCACCUGUGGACCAUCAGACUUUACAUGCCUUAACGGACAUUGUUUGCCAAGUAAAUGGCAGUGUGAUGGCUCCACCGACUGUGAGGAUGGAUCAGAUGAAAGUCCUGAGAUCUGUCACACACAGGCAUGCCAUUUACAUGAAAUGAGCUGUGGCCCUAAAUCUCUUCAGUGUAUUCCUGUUUCCUGGAAAUGUGAUGGGGAAAAGGACUGUGACAAUGGCAGUGAUGAAGAGAAUUGUGACACUUUGAUUUGCAGUAUACUUGAAUUCACAUGCUCCAGUGGUAGAUGCAUUUCUAAAACCUUUCUCUGCAAUGGUGAAGAUGACUGUGGUGAUGGGAGUGACGAACAAGGUUGUGCCCCAUUUGUUUGUCACAUCCACGAAUUUCAGUGCAAUAGCUCGGAAUGUAUCCCCCUGAAUUGGGUAUGUGACAACAAUGCUGAUUGUGCUGACCAGUCUGAUGAGGCUCCAGAGCGCUGUGGGUACACACUUGCCCCUGUGACCUGCUCUUCCAGCGAGUUCCUGUGCAAGUCUGGUGAAUGCAUCAAUCAUCGUUGGUAUUGUGAUGGUGAUACUGACUGCAAAGAUGGAAGUGAUGAAGUGAAUUGUCCUCCUCAAACAUGUAGACCAGAUUACUUCCAAUGUAGUGAUGGUGUCUGCAUCCCUGAGAACAAGAUCUGCAAUAAUUUUGCAGACUGCACUGAUGCCAGUGAUGAAACCAACUGCAAGAAUGGUAGGUAUUGCACUGGUCCCUCUGAUUUUAAAUGCCAAAGUGGAGAAUGCAUAGCUAUAACCAAGGUGUGUGACCACAAAUGGGACUGCAGAGAUCGCAGUGAUGAACCCUUCCAAUGUGGGCUGAAUGAAUGCUUGGCGAACAAUGGAGACUGCUCUCAUAUUUGUAGGGACCUUCUUAUAGGUUAUGAAUGUGACUGCCCUGCUGGCUUUAAGCUUGUUGAUGAGAGAAUUUGUGAUGAUGCUGAUGAGUGUCAAAAUCCUGGAGUCUGCAGCCAGAUUUGCAUUAACUUGAAGGGAAGCUACAAAUGUGAAUGUUACGAAGGAUAUCACAUGGAUCCUGCUACUGGAGUUUGCAAGGCCGUUGGCAAAGAGCCUUACUUGAUCUUCACCAAUCGUCAUGACAUUCGGAAAUUGGGACUGCAUCAUCAAGAGUAUAGCCAGGUACUUGCACAGCUGAAAAAUGCUGUGGCAUUGGAUGUUGAUGUUGUAGAGCAGAGAAUCUACUGGGUUGAUCUGGGCCAGCAGGCAAUUUACAGCAUGUCCAUGAAUAGAUACAAAAACAAAGCUGAUCAGUCAGUCCUUACAAAGGAUUUAGGCAUUCCUGUGGGAAUUGCUGUGGACUGGAUUUACAAGCAUAUCUAUUGGACUGACCGGGGUACAAAAACUAUAUCUGUGGCCACACUGGAUGGAUCCAGGAAAAGUGUUCUCUUUGACACCAACCUAACAGAACCAGCUUCUUUAGCAGUUGAUCCACUAUCUGGUUUCAUGUACUGGUCAGACUGGGGUGAGCCAGCCAAGAUAGAAAAGGCAGGAAUGAAUGGUGCUGAUCGACAAAUCUUGGUUGACCAGUGGAUUCAAUGGCCAAAUGGCAUUGCACUUGACCUUGUGAAACACUGCCUCUACUGGGUUGAUGCAAAACUGCAUACACUGUCCAGUAUAGGCCUGAAUGGGCAGGAUAGAAGACUAGUGCUUUCAUCACCAGAAUUCCUUUCCCAUCCUCAUGGUGUUGCAGUAUUUGAGGAUCGUGUUUUCUGGACUGAUGAAGAAACUGAGGCAAUUUAUGGGGCCAACAAGUUCACAGGAGCAGAUGUUGAAACACUCCUUUAUAAUCUCCAGCAACCACAGGACAUCUUGGUUUAUCAUGGGUUACUUCAGUUACCUGGCAAGAACUGGUGCAAUGAGAGGAGCUGUGAAUACAUGUGUCUUCCUGCUCCCCAGAAGAAUGAAUUCUCUCCCAAAUACACAUGUGUGUGCCCAUCUGGAAUGAAACUGGAGCAUGGACAGAAAUGUGGAACAGACUUUGCAGCGUGUGGUAUCUAUGAAAUGCCUUGUGGCCAUGGAUCUCAUGAAUGUAUUCCUCUAUCCUGGAAAUGUGAUGGUGAAAAAGACUGUCCGAAGGGAGGUGACGAGGAGAACUGUGGCACCCUUACUUGUAGUGCAAUAGAGUUCACUUGCUCCAGUGGCAGAUGUGUUUCCAGAUCUUUCAUCUGUAAUGGUGAAGAUGAUUGUGGUGAUGGAAGUGACGAGAGAAGCUGUCCCAAAUCUAGAUGUGGUCCACAUGAAUUUCAGUGCAACAGCUGGGAGUGUAUCCCUUCAAGCUGGGUAUGUGAUGAUAACAUCGACUGUACAGACAAGUCUGAUGAAUCUGCCAAACAAUGUGGGCAUACACCUGCACCCCUCUCAACUUGUUCCAGCCAUGAGAUUCUAUGUAACUCUGGAGAAUGCAUCCACUCCCGGUGGUACUGUGAUGGUGAUGUGGAUUGCAAGGAUGGAAGUGAUGAAAGAAAUUGUCCCCCUCCCACUUGUCAACCAGAUUACUUCCGAUGUGGAGAUGGCACUUGUAUCCGUGAAAGUGCAAAAUGUAAUGGCUAUAAGGAUUGCAAUGAUGGAAGUGAUGAAAUAAACUGCAAUGGUACAGAAUGUGUUGAGCCAACAGACUUCAAAUGCCAAAGUGGUGAAUGUAUAAGCAUUCACAAAGUAUGUAACCACUGGCAAGAUUGUAAGGAUCGCAGUGAUGAACCUCCUGAAUGCAAUCGGAAUGAAUGCCGGGUGAACAAUGGUGGCUGUAUGGAUACCUGUCAGGAUCUUGUCAUUGGUUACCAAUGUGGAUGUGCUCCUGGCUUUGAGCUGGUUGAUGACAAAAAUUGCAGAGAUAUUGAUGAAUGUCAAAAUCCUGGGACCUGCAGCCAAGUUUGUACUAAUACCAUAGGGAGCUAUGCAUGUGCAUGUCUCAAAGAAUAUCACAUGGAUCCAGUGAAUGGCCUUUGCAAGGCAAUGGGUAAAGAGCCUUACUUGGUCUUUACCAAUCGUCAUGAUAUCAGGAAAAUGGGAUUGCGCCAAAUGGAAUACACCCAAGUGGCCUGGAAGCUGAGAAAUGCCGUAGCACUUGAUGCUGAUGUUGCAGCACAGAGGAUCUUCUGGGCUGAUCUGGGACAGCAAGCAAUAUUUAGUGUCUCCAUGGAUAAAUAUGAACAUUUAAUGAAUAAAUCCAUCAUUGCCAAAGAUCUUGGGGUGCCUGUGGGAAUUGCUGUAGACUGGAUCUACCAACACAUCUACUGGAUUGAUUGUGGCACUAAAACCAUAUCUGUUGCUGACUAUGAUGGAAGAAAAAGGAAAGUCCUUUUUGAUACUGGCUUGAUGGAACCAACUGCAAUUGUUACCAAUCCACUAUCUGGUUACCUUUACUGGUCAGAUUGGGGUGAGCCAGCCAAGAUUGAGAAAGCAGGAAUGAAUGGUAAUGAACGUGGUCUUCUAGUGACCAAAGAUAUUCAAUGGCCUCAUGGCAUUGCUCUUGAUCUUGUGAAAAGCCGUCUCUACUGGGUUGACUUGAAACAACAUAGUCUAUCCAGCAUAGCCUUAAAUGGCCAAGACAGAAGAACUAUACUACAGUCACGUGAAUUUCUCCCUCACCCUCUUGGAAUUGCUACAUUUGAGGAUAAUGUCUUCUGGGUUGAUGGAGAACAGAAAGCUCUGUAUGCAACAAAUAAAUUUACAGGUUUGGAUAUCAGGCUUCUAGCUGCCAACUUGACAGAACCUUCAGAUGUCACUGUUUACCACAGGCUGACUCAGCCAGCAGGCAAAAACUGGUGUGAGAAUCUGAAGACCAGAAGCUGUGAGUACAUGUGUCUGCCAGCUCCUCAGGUCAACAGUUAUAGUCCAAGAUACACUUGUGUGUGUCCAGCUGGAACAAAAAUCCAGAAGGAUGGAUGGCAUUGUGGAAUGGUUGCAACUUGUGGAACAUCUGACUUUAUGUGCAACAAUAGACAAUGCAUUCCCAGUAGGUGGCUGUGUGAUGGUAAAGCUGACUGUGAAGAUGGAUCAGAUGAGCUAACAGAAGUCUGUCAUGAAAUAACCUGUCUUGGCCAUGAGAUCAGCUGUGGCCGAGGAUCACUUCAAUGUGUUCCUAUCGCUUGGCGAUGUGACGGUGAAAAGGACUGUAGUAAUGGUGGUGACGAAGUUGGCUGUGGUAUAAUCACUUGCAACCCGGAAGAGUUUACUUGUCUCAGUGGCAACUGCAUUUCUAGAACAUUUGUCUGCAAUGGUGAGGCUGACUGUGCUGAUGGGAGUGAUGAAAAGAAAUGCACCUCACACACCUGUGGCAUUCAUGAGUUUCACUGCAAUAGUUCAGAGUGUAUACCUGCUAACUGGGUAUGUGAUGGCAAUGUGGAUUGCAAUGACAAAUCUGAUGAGUCACCAGAACGCUGUGGGCACAUGGUCUCCCAUCUGCCUGUGGAAUGUGCUCCUUAUGAGCUCCCAUGUGAUUCUGGUGAAUGUAUCCAACGUCGCUGGUUCUGUGAUGGUGAUGCUGACUGUGGAGAUGGAAGUGAUGAGGCAAACUGUCCUCCCAAAACAUGUCGACCAGAUCAGUUCAGAUGUGGUGAUGGUAACUGCAUCCCCAGACAAAAGAAAUGUAACUUCCUUCGAGACUGUCACGAUGGUAGUGAUGAAGUCAACUGCAAGAAAAUUUCAGAGUGCAGUGGACCUACUGACUUCAGAUGUCAAAGUGGUGAAUGCAUAAACAUCACCCUAGUAUGCAACCACCAGCAAGACUGUAAAGAUUGGAGUGAUGAACUAAAUGGAUGCAAUCAAAAUGAAUGUUUGAAGAAGAAUGGUGGUUGCUCUCACUUCUGCCAUGAUCUUGUCAUUGGUUAUGAAUGUGAAUGUCCUGCUGGUUUUGAACUAAUUGACCAGAAAACGUGUGCAGAUGUAGAUGAGUGUCUCCAUCCUGGAUCCUGCAGCCAAGUUUGUAUAAAUACAGAAGGAAGUUACAAUUGUGAAUGCAAUGCAGGAUAUACUACCGAUCCAGUUAGUGGAGCCUGCAAGGCAGUAGGAGAGGAACCAUAUUUGAUCUUCACAAAUCGCCAUGACAUCAGGAAGCUGGGACUGCAUCGCCAAGAGUACACAGAAGUAGUCAAAGAACUAAGGAAAGCUGUAGCAUUAGAUGCUGAUAUUGCAGGGCAGAGGAUUUUCUGGGCUGAUGUGAGCCAACAGGCAAUUUUCAGUAUGCUCAUGAAUGAAACAACUGAAGCUCCGAUUUUGAAAAUCGAUGUCAGUUUGCAAAUCCCAGUUGGAAUUGCAGUGGAUUGGAUCUAUAAACAUGUCUAUUGGACUGACCGUGGGACCAAUACUAUAUCUGUGGCUACAUUUGAUGGAAAGAAAAAUAUCAUCCUCUUCAACACUGACUUAAGGGAACCAGCUUCUAUAGCUGUUGAUCCACACUCUGGGUUUAUCUACUGGUCAGAUUGGGGCACUCCAAAGAUUGAGAAAGCUGGCAUGAAUGGUGUGAAUCGCCAAACCUUAGUUGCUACAAAGAUUGAGUGGCCAAAGGGCAUUUCUCUUGAUCUUGUGAAAAGCCGUCUCUACUGGGUUGAUGCAAAACUGCAUGUGCUAUCAAGUGUAGACCUGAAUGGUCAGAACAGAAGAACAGUGUUGCAGUCGGAAAAAUUCCUUGCACAUCCCUGUGCAGUUGCAUUAUUUGAGGAUCACGUAUUCUGGGUUGAUGCAGAAAACCAAGCAGUUUAUGGAGCCAACAAAUAUACAGGGAAUAACAUCAAAGCUUUGGCCUCCAAUGUGGAUGCUCAGGAUGUUAUCGUUUAUCAUGAGCUCUUACAGGCACCUGGGAAAAACUGGUGUGAGAAUGGAGCCUGUGAGUACAUGUGUCUUCCUGCUCCUCAAAUCAACAGCCAAUCAGCAAAAUAUACUUGUAUAUGUCCAACUGGAAUGGAAUUGACCAAUGAUGAACAACAGUGCCAGCCAGUAUCUACACUCACAACAGCAAAUGUGUCUACAAUGGCUUCCAGUGUUGCCCCUGAAGAACUUUCCUUCAGCUUAUCUACUAUGUCACCAACUAUCUUGGCUACUUCUAAAGCACUUCUAAUCAUCACUGGCUUAGUUGGCUAUUUUGGUUGGCAAUCCUGGCAGAAGAAGAAUGUACAAUACACCAGUUUUGAGAAUCCAGUGUUUCAGCAUAAAUCCACUGAGUGA